AUGGGAGGGCGCAUGUGGAGGAGAGCAUUGACUCCUGUACAUUCUGAAGGCAGCUUGCCCACCGUACUGAGAGACCGACCUGUGAGGCAUGGGCGACAAUGGCGUUUGGUUCCACACAAUUUUGUUUUGCUUUCAGCAUUCAUCGGUUCAGUGUUGCUACCGAUUUCUCGCAUGCUUCCGCCAUCUGCAACGCUUAUUUGGCCUUUAACAGAGGAAGAUGCUUCAUUUCUGCCUGACCACAUUAGCCGUGCAGAUUGGCUGUUUAACGCUUUACGAGAGAUGCCUGACUGUUUGCUGGUGAAAGAGCUCUCUGACUAG